CGUUUCAAUGAUUAUCAAAUCAUUUUUCAGCCUUGUCUUUACAUUCUAACGUUCAACUCAGCUUUGUCAACUUUUGCAUCAAAGCGUUUUACUAUAUCUACAAUACAUGUUUGCAACUUGAAAAUGUCUUUCCGUUCAGCGAAUUAGCUUUCAUAUUUAUUUGUCUAGAAAAAUGGCUAAUAAUGCGGUAUACCAACAGGGACUAUGUAGAACGUACUGUACAAGUCAUGUAACUGCUAGUCAUGUCUCACAAUACUAGAGCAAGACAAUCAUGCUUUGUCAUGUCUCUAUAUUGUGGGUUAUGUGAAGGUACGUUUUUGUUACUAUUAUCAUAUAAUCACCCCCCAAUUCCUUAUCUGUUGUAUCCUAAUUUCAAAAGUGAAUUGAAAGUAAACUUGUCUUGGUCAGCUGUAUCACCUAGACCUCACCGAUGUGAAUACCACAAUAGUCUACAGAAGACUGAGGUCUGAUAGUAUACGUUAGCCUAAUGUAUUGCGCGGUUUUACAGUACAGGUGUCCUUUUUAACGAAACUGGCACAAAAAUUUCCCAUUCUCCUACGCAGAGACAUCUAGCGGCGCCAGCAAACCGCCUCUUGUCUGUCUGGAAUUUGCUAUGUUAACUGUUACCAUAUCAUCAGUUCCUGACCACCCUGCUUAUAAAUACUGAUGAUCUUACCCUUCUUUAUAUAUACGAGAUCCCUUUUGAAAACUGAAAGCCAUAUCCUCUGAUUGGCUGACAGCUGGUUUGUGGCGACGCCCACAGGAACUGAUGGUGAUGGUUGAGAUAGCAGAGUACUUAGUUGGCGCCGUUGGAUGUCUCUGCGUAGGAGAAUGAAACUUCCUGGCAUAAAGCUCUUGUUUUCGUUUUAGGAUUUUCUCACCUAUUUUGCGCCAUCAGGUAUGUCUGAGGAACUUCAGACGAUAACGAUGCAGAGAAACGUCCCGACCACUCAGGCAGCUCUUGGAGUGGUGGCGUCUGGCCUAACUGUAGAGCCACGGUCCAUACCGACUCUGUCGUGUGACGUCACCGUUGAUGACACACAAGAAACAGAUACUGCCGUGUCUGAAGAUGUUUAUAAAAGUGACGAUGGUGAUGAUGACCUGGAUUUGAACGAACCAUCUGAGAGCACCAAUCAUCCAUCAGAUGCCACACCCAUGCAGCAGCAGCAGACUGAUUGGAGGUCAAUCGCGGACGCCGCUGCGAACGUGCCCAACCCAAUGUACGCCCAAAGAGCAGAUGGGGAACCUGCUCCUCGAGUCCUACUGUGUUCCUCUCGCACAUGCGCACAGCUGGUUUGUGCAUUCAUCACGGCAUCCGUCGGAGUAGCAAUGAUCCUGACAGGAGUCUUUAUCGCCGGGCCCCUGAAAUCCCCUCCGCCCAACCCUCUGUAUCCUACAACGCAGAUUAGGACCGUCGAGGUUUUCACAUCGACCGCGUACACCAACACAGCCAUGACAACUUUUGACUAUAUCACAACAAGAAAGAACUUACACACCUCUAUCAGCCAGUAUGGUAAAGGGACAAUGGAAGAUGAUGGAAAACGGGACGUCAUCACAUUCGGUGGGCGGGGAUCAAUGUUAGGGAAGUUUACUUGCCUAGCUGGAGUUGCUGUAUCAUCUAGAAACGAGAUAUUCGUAGCGGAUCAUGAUGACCGCCGAGUACAAGUAUUUAACAUGGAUGGGGUUUACAUUCGUCAUUUCUUGACAACUGUUCCCGAGAAACCUGGCAGUAUCAUGACUCCGCAGGAUAUCUCAAUUGACGACGAUGAUAACCUAUGGGUAGUGGGCAAGUUGGAAAUUGUUGGCUCGUAUGCCGUACAGUACGACAGGGAUGGUCGUGCGUUGGCUAAGUUUGGGGUUCCAAACAGUAUCAGCAUUCAUGGUAUUGCCGUGGAUUUAAAAAGUGACAACAUCGUUAUCACAAAAUAUGACAUCGGAGGCUGCAAGAUGUUCAUAUAUCAUUCAAACGGCACGUUUGUUAGGAAACUUCAGAUCUCCUGUUCAUCAUCGAUUGCCGUUAACAGAGAUGGGGACAUUUGCACGUUAGACUACAACAUUGUUCACGUGUUUAACCAGACAGGACAUCUUCUGUUCAAUUUUGGGGGUGAUGGCAGGGAUAAUGGCGGGCGGACAUAUCCCCGAGAUAUCUGUACUGACAUGUCCGGUCAUAUCUUGGUGGCAAAUCAAGGACAAUGGCAUGAGAAGAGUUGGGUGUCCAUUUUUAGCGGUCAAGGGAAAUUUGUUCGCAAAGUUGCUACUGAACUAAGGAGGAUUUAUCGUAUUGCAGUGGGACCAGAAGGACGGCUGUUAGUUACAGCACGUACUAAAUCGAUUUUGACAGAAAACUUUGCCCUGCAAGAUGUAAAGGAAGGCAUUGUGUAA